UUCGUAAUUGAAGAGGUUUACUGAAACAAUAUCACUUAAAGUUGUCAUUGCUAGCAUAUUGCUUUGUUUGCCUCCUGUGGAUAACUUGCGCUCUCAUGAAACCGUUCAUUUCUUCUAAAUUUUAAUUUUCCUUUUGAUGUACCCUAAUGACACAGCAAGAAUCACAAACAUUGCUAAAGUACAUCUUUAGUUUGGAUCCUUUUAGAGAAAGUAGAAGAAGAUCCCUUUAUUCGGACUUUUCCAAUGCAAUUCAUCGAAAUCCUGAGGGAUUUCGUGCAAAUAUGGUUGCAUGGAAAGAUGCUCUUGAAAAGGCCUGUUACAACGGCCAUUGGCAUCACAAGUUAUACAUAGAAUUUAACGAUGAACUUCGGGAUUCUCUUUUCUCCACUGAAUAUGGGAGACCAUUGAGUUUGGGAGCUGUUGCUAAUUACUGGCUUGACCAAGGCGACUGGGUUACGAAAAACAAUCUGAAAGGCAGUGUUCAACCACAAAAUGGCAAUGGUUCAAUCAUAAUGGGAGUUUUACGAUGGGGAUUUCGGACACUCGGUUUUACAACUUCGUCUGAGAAAAAGAUUCCUAAGCAAACAUACCCUAAUGGAAAGCUCUUUUUGCUUUCAAAUUUGCAGAAUCUUUGUAUUUCAAUUAUAUCCGAAGCUGAAAGAUUGCAUACUUCGUAUUCAUCUAACAUUUACUCCUAUCCAUCAUUUGCUGAAAUAUUCGGUAAGAAGUUAUGGGCGGGUCAUACGUUAGAUGAAGAUGAGUUAACUGCAAUUUUGUUGUACCUUUCCGGUAAAUAUCGACGCAUUACAUAUGACAAAGAGGUUAUCAAGUUCAUAUUAACCCCAGAAGAAGAAUUACUAGAACAAAUAGAUCACUCAAUUGCUAAAUUGCGACAAGCAAGUUUUACAACUUCUCAAAGACUUGAGUCAUUGAAUGAUCAAAUUGAGAAGCUUACUUUUAAGCUCAAGGAAUGUCUGGAGCAGAAAAAGAAAAAGUCCGCUCUGAGUUUGCUCAGAAAGAGACAUUUUCUGUUUUCCAAUGUGGAACAAAAAGAGGGAGUCUUGCUACAACUCGACAGUCUUGUUUCCAAAAUUGAUGAAGCAUUGGACAAUCGCAAUAUUGUCGACGCUUUGUCGACAGGCGCGGAAUCGUUGGGCUCUAUUUUGCGCUCCAUGGGAGGUGCUACAAAUGUCGAUUUGAUCCUUCAAAGAGUAGAGGAGCAAACACAAGUUGCCGAUGAGAUAGCCGAAUCCCUGUCUGCUGCUGCUCCUCUUCAAGAAGAUGAGGAUAUUGAGAAGGAAUGGAACAAACUAGUAAAGGAGGAACAGAAAGAGGAGGAUCUUGUUUCAUUGUUAGAAAGAACCUCAUUGCGUUCCCCGUCACAUCCUAUUACCGCAAGUGAACCUGAAGUCAAGAAUCCAGAAAGAGUACUAGAACCGGCAAUGCAAUCAUAAUAACUCGAAACUCAGACAAAUGCGAACAAGCAUAUGCAGUCAUGAAAUCACCUCCUAACUAUGAUUCCCCUUUCAUUGAAGUUGCAUUUUAUAUAGUAAUAUUUAUUAGAUACAUCAUAUUUAUUAUAGCCGUGUGACUAACGACAAUCUUUUUUACAGUUGAU